CAAACCCAAAUUCGUGAUUUUAACUUACAGCUAUAUACUUAUACGGUUGGUAUACGAGGGUGCCGCCCUUCCGAUAACAGUAAUAAUAUUUUUUAAAUUUUUCACGCGAUAACGAUAAAUGACAAAUUAAUCUGAAGUAGUGAAAUCACUGAAAUUUGUAAUCAGUGAGUCAGUGCACUCUCCACUGUACGGUGGGCAUUGACUUGUGGUGUUGUGGUGUAGUUGUUUCAAGUCUUUUGACUACUAACUACUUCUACGUUCCAGAGGGUUUAAUUUUAUAAGAAUAUUGUCAAGUGUUAGAUAAUUAAAAUGUAUUCCAAUCCAAAUGCAGGACCACCACCACCAGGAUUUUCUCAAUAUCAUCCACCACAAAACCAAUAUCCACCAGCUGGUAAUCAAAAUCAAUAUCCACCGGCAGGUAAUCAAAAUCAAUAUCCACCAACUGGAAAUCAAAGUCAAUAUCCACCAAUCGGUAAUCAAAAUCAAUAUCCACCAGUUGGUAAUCAAAGUCAACCGUAUCAACAUGACCAAUAUAAUAUGUAUCAACAUCAACCACAAAUGCCAGCACAUCAAAAUCAGGGAUAUCCUGCAAUUCAAAAUCCAAACUACCCACCUCCAUAUUCACAGCCAGGUUAUGGACAAGUUAUUCAGCAUCAACCCGGCGCUUAUCAACCAUCUCCUCAAGUGGUUGCUGAUGGAUGGAUGCCUAUUCCUCAAACUAUACCACAAAACUGUCCAAAUGGACUUCAGUAUCUUUCAACAAUCAAUCAGUUACUUGUUAAACAACAAGUGGAAGUUAUAGAAGCUUUAUUGGGGUUCGAGACAAAUAACAAAUAUUCAAUUAAAAAUAGCGUUGGUCAGAAAGUGUUUUAUGCUGUUGAGGAUAAUGAUUGUUGUACACGAAAUUGCUGUGGUCCAGUACGACCAUUUGAAAUGAAGAUUUUGGAUAACUAUAAGAAUGAAGUUAUCCAUUUAUCAAGGCCUUUAGCAUGCCAAUCCUGCUUUUUCCCUUGUUGUUUACAAAGAAUUGAAGUAUUUUCACCACCUGGGUGUUUGGUUGGAACUGUUGAACAAGAUUGGUCUAUUUUAACACCAAUAUUUACUAUCCGUAAUGCAGCUAAUGAAGAAGUAUUAAAAAUUGAAGGACCAAUAUGUCGAUACAGUAUGUGUGGAAGUGAUGUUGAAUUUAAAAUAUUAUCAAAAGACAAAACCACUGUAGUUGGUCGUAUAUCUAAACAAUGGUCCGGACUUUUGAGAGAGGUAUUUACUGAUGCCGAUUUCUUUGGUAUUACUUUUCCUAUGGAUCUGGAUGUUCGAAUGAAAGCCGUUAUGCUAGGAGCUUGUUUUUUGAUAGAUGUUAUGUUUUAUGAAAAGCGAGGAAAUGCAGAAAAUGAUGGUAUUGGACUUUGUUAAUUUAAUUAUCUUCCAUUUUAUGUAUAAUGGUUAUAAUGCAGAGGUAGGCAAACUUUUUUUGGUCACGAUCUACUAAAAUAUACUUUUCCUUUGAGAAUCGAUUUUCAUAAAAAAAUUUUUUCAUUAUUGAAUAACUAAAAUUAUUAAUUAUUAUGAAACAUGGGCGCAUGGCUCUAAAAAUAAAUUCUAACAUGAUCGACUUUGAAAUUGUUUGUGAUCGACUGUUUGGUCGCCUCUGCUAUAAUGUAUAACUUUAAAUCAAACAAAGUUAAUGAAUUUACUUAUUAUGUUCGUUUCUUUAAAAAUAACUUAAUUUAAAAUACUAAAACUUUAUUAUUUAUUGUAGUUUAUGGAAUACUAUUAAAAAACAAUUAUAGUUUAUAUUUUUGUUAAUUGUAAAAGAUACCAUGAACUCAUUUGUUUUUAAAUGGUUGUUUCACUACAGUUUGAAUAAUGUGAUACUUAUACUCUGUGCCAAAUAAGAGUAAUUUCAGGUGGCAAACAAUUUUUGUACAGCUCAAUUUGAAUACACUCAUAGAUUAAAGCUGUUUUGAUUGUUAUUGCACUCAGUGCGUGUUAGCCAUACCUAUUGAUUUAAUUAUGUGAGAAUACCCAUCUGAAAUUAUUCUUGAUAUUCUUGUAUGUGAGAUAGAGUAUAAUUGUAUACAAAGCUAGGCAUUAAAUAUUCAAAAAUUAAAAAGUAAUUUUCGUGAUUUUAUUUUUUUUGGAAUUUCGUGUCAACUUUAUUCCAGACUUAAUUUCACUUUUUCUUAUUGCAUCAUUUGAUAUAAAAAUAUUAACUACUCCAUGCUUAUUCCAUGGAUUUGUUUAUAAAGAAAUGUUUAAUAUUAUUGUAUUAAACACAACUAAUGAAUUUAAAACAAUAUACUUAACUGACAAUUAAUUCAAUUUAAUUACCGUUCUUACCUACCUAUCUGAGUAUCUGACCAAUAUAAUAAAUACAUUAUAGUAUUAUAUUUUUGUUAUACUAAAUAUUUUUAAAUUUUUUUCAAAUAAUUACCUACUUAUAUUUUGUUUUUUAAUUUAUUUUAGUAUUUUUAAGUUAAAUGUUUUUCUUUAUUAUAAUUAUAUAUUGUUCAUUUAUGUUAAGAGUACUUUUCAGCAGUAAUAUGUUCGUUCUGUAUUAUGCCUCCUACUACUACUUUAAUACUAACUUUUGUUAUACUUGUGCAAUGCCAUUCUUUAUAAUUGGUAUAAAAUAUCUGUUAUGAUAACAUUUCAUUUUAAUAUUUUUAUAUUAAUUUAUAAACUCGUAUGAUAAUAUACCUACCAAUUAAACGCCCUCUUGCAUUAAACACAUUGUUGAAAAGUAUUCAGAUUUAAAUUUACUAUACUACAUCAUGAGCUAUGUACAUACUUAUAAUAAUAACAUAUAACUAAUUUUUGAUAUAAUUAGAAUGGAUAUUGACAGGGACGGCCUGGGAUAAAAAUUCAGUCCGGGAAAAUGUAUUAGACAUAUUAAUACAUUUCUUUUUAGUAUAAAAAAAAUUAAAAACUACUUAACUAUUUAAAAAAAUAAUGUAAUACAGCCGUUAGAAUAAUGACAAAUUCCAAUAUGUCAGGCAAUCAGGAACCUCACACUUCCCAGUAUCCCGGUGGGCUUGGCCACGUCUGAUUAUUGUUGAUAUUUCACUAAAUACUAGUCAAUAUUGUUUACCAAAUAUUUUAAAAUUACUUUUGCUGUAUUUUCCCUAAGUAAUUGAUGAUAAAUUUUUCAUUGCCACACAACAUAUUUUAAUUACUUUACUUAUUGUUGAACAAAAAAUAUAAAUGUUAAAAUUGUUGUUAUCAAAUAUUGUUUUAUGUGAAUUAAUAUUAAUUUACCUUUUAUUAGCUGUGUACAUAAUUUUACCCCAUCUCGCAAUUUUUAUUUUUUAUUAUAAUAAAUAUUACACCGCUAUAUAUUUGUUCUUAGACACCUUUACUAGCUUAAAGUCUUAAUGAUGUGCUAAACUAUACUUAAUUGGAACGCACAAUUAUUAGGAACUUAUAGUAACUUAACUAAUUUACUAAUUUGUAUUUAUACAUUACUAUUGACUAUAAUAUCGAAUUUUAAAUCUUGAUUUUAUUUUUACAAUAACUAUUUUUGUUAACCUAUAUUUACUUUAGCACUUACUAUUGUGUGUAUUUAAUAGUACCUGACAUGACAUGAUAUGAAAAUGUGUUAGUAUUUAAUAUGGAAUGUAUUUUUAUGCUUAUGAUGUGUAUUUGUUGGUGUUUGAUUAAAUAUAUAUGUUAUGCUCAUCAAUUAAUA